AAUCCACCAUCUGUUCCACAAGCGCCUUUGUAUCCAGAUGAUCCCCAUAGUGCGCCUGUUUAACACAAGAGUCAGGAGUCUUUUGAUUGGUGUGACAUGACAGCUUGGCUUAGUUUGAAAAUAUCUGGAAUAAAUCACUUUAAUUGCAAGGUCGCUUGAUUUCCGUUUACUUUUAUUCCAGGAACUAAAAUUGUGAUAUUUAUUUGCUUAGUUAAUGGAUAUAUUUCGGCUUUUUCGUGUGUAUCCAAUGCCAUGAUUUUAUUUUUUAACAAGUUGGAGAACACAAGCAGUGGGAAAUUCAUCAUCCGGAGCCGUAAUGUGACCACACAGCGCUUAGGUUUGUGAGAGCAUGGGCUUCGUCAGGCCGUGACAGCGGUGUACGGAUGUUUGUCAUUCAUCUUCCCCCUGCGAACCCCCCCAUCCCCCAGCCAACUCGGUGUCGGCUCUGGACAUUUUCAGGGGCCACCUCCUGCUUCCACGGCGGCCCAUGUUUUCUUCGCAGGAUCUUUUCCCAACAGAAGGGAAACAGAUGCGCCGUAAUAUCAACAGACGGUUAAUCGUGCAACAUUGCGCAAAAAAAAUGAAAGAAAGAGGGGGGAAAAAAAUGCGCCCCCGCAGAUUGGACAGACUGAACGUUAUCAGCUUCUCCAUCCUGCCAGACGAGCUGUUUGCUGUGGCAGCCAACCCAAACCGAGGAGCCAUCAGCUUCCUGUUCAGCACCGCAGACAGAGACAUAAUCCGACUUGUUCACACCCACCUCUGGUCCACGUUGUUCCGAUGCCCUUCUUUCUCCCAGCAAAGACCGGGGUCCGCCCACGUCCGUAGCGGCGUUAGUGCAGCCUCACUUGCUCUCGCCCAGGAGGCAUUUGAGUGCUUGUUAGACGUGAAGACAAGCGAAGGUCGCUAUAAACUUGCGGAUGAGUACCGGAGCGCUGUUUGCUUAGCAGACUGAGUGACGAGCCUACUGUCCAGUCACCGCCAUGAUUGCCACCGGUGGCCUGCUGCGCAUGAACAGGAGGCAGGAUUCUCUCCGCUCCAAAAAUCGAGCUGAAAAUAAGCGGAAACGGAAAUCCAAGAAGAAGAAGAAGAAUGAUGUGGUGGUCGUGAAGGGAAAACUCAAUCUCUGCUCGCCAGCUGGUUUGGUGGCUGCUGUUGGAGUUGUAAUUCUCAUGGUUGGGAUUUCCAUGGCCGUGUUGGGUUACUGGCCCAGCCAGAGUCAACAGGAGUACCAGGAGCGCCGCAGAAUUGGUGCGUUCCACAACAGCAAGAUGAGCUACUCCAGAAGCCCACCGUCUAACGCGACCCAUGUGAGGCAUUCCUCUACGCAAACAAAUGUGUCAAACCAGAGCCAUUCCAACAGCAGCAUCCCUGACCCCACUCCCCACUGUGGUAUCCUCUGUGACUUCCUGGAUAAUUACCUUUACUCAGACAAUCUGAAAGUCUUAGGACCGCUGGUAAUGGGAAUCGGCAUUUUCCUCUUUAUCUGUGCCAACGCCGUCCUCCAUGAAAACCGAGACAAGAAAACCAAAAUCAUUAACCUGAGAGAUAUCUACUCCACAGUGAUUGACCUGCAUAGCAUACGCUCAAAGGAGUACUCACCUCUGAACGGCCUGGUGAACUACACUCAAUCAAGGACUGCCGAGGGCCCCUCUGCUUCAUUCCCAGCGAGUGGGGCACUCACACGUAGCUCCUGGCCUUCCACCGGACUCCAUCUGAAGGGGGAGUCAGAUACCAAUGAGAUGUUUAGACGCUCCUCUCUAUCCAGCAGGCCACGUAGUUUCUCCAGAGAUGUGCAGAGCUUUACAGAUACUGUCUACAGCAUCUACAAAGACUACAGCAAUAGUAGAGAGCAGGCCCCGCAGCCUCGGCAGUGGGAGACCACCUCCAUUGUCACCUCCUCUGUAAACGCUUUCACGCUGCCAGUGAUCAAACUUAACAACUGUGACGUAGAGGAGUCAGAGAGAGUGGAGGCAGAAGGGCGCUCAGAGGAAGAGGUUAUAAUUGAGACUGCUGCCGAGAACAUUAGGGAGGAAGGACAUGGCAGCAGCAGCCAUUGUGUUGACGUGGAUGGUAUGCAGAGGGAAGCAGCGGCGACGGACCCCCCACCUCCCCAUCAGAGUCAGGAGGACAUAAGCACAGAGACGGGCAAUCAACAGGGGGCGCCACAGUCUCAGCCUCAUGCACAUUGGACCCAGCUGUUUCCUCCAAAGCCUGUUUCCACGGCAACAGGCUCAAAUAUGUCGCUAAACUUCUUCGCAGAGCAGCCGAGGCUCGCCCGCCGCUGCAGCCUGUCUGUGUCUGGGAGACGUCAAACUGACAGAGUGAGGCGUUUCAGCUGCCCCCGACUGGAGCGCUCAAACAGCAAGGGCUACAUCAAACUAGCUGACCUUGGGGGCGACUCCUUCGAAGCCCCCGACACGCACACAUCUUCGGUGGCCGCAGAUCGGGCAGCAGAAAUAGAUGCAACGGUGGCGGGAGAGGAAGGAGCUCAAGGAGGGGAAGAUUCAGUGACACCCAGCAAUUCAGCGACAGAACCCUAGGUGUUUCUUUUUCAGCUCAUGAGCCUCCUUAAUGUCUCUUUGGUGAUGUUCUUUGCUUCGUACCUUCUUCUGCAGUAGGUGAUGAGUAUGUGAUUAUUACAAACGAAUUGAAAAACAAAUACAUUUAGCUGCUAAGGACUACUGAAACACAGCCAUGAACACUAGAAGGCAACACUCUUUAUUAAAACUACACCCACUGCUCAAUGUUCAGAUGUAACUUUUCUAUUUUUACAAUGUAGCAAGAGCAAUAUUAAAGACUUUAAAGGAGUUUCAGUAAAGAUUUGUAAAAAAAAAUAAAUAAAUAACAUGAAAGAAAGAAAAAAAGUGAAGAAAAUCUUAUCUGAUAAGUCAUUUUUUGUACAACAGUAGGGCCGACAUAGUAGCUUGUAAAACUACCAAAACUGUCUCUAAGAACUGCUGUCCAACAUGUUGUACUGUAGCAUCAACAUGUGCCACAGAAAACUGAAAUAGACUAGAUUUGUUUCUCUGCAUUGUUCUGUGAAUUACACGUGAAUUGGUGAUUUGAACUGAAUCUCAGGUAGACGUUUGGUUUAGCGUUGGGACCUUCAUGAUGAGGUCUUCCCUUUGUGCACACUUGUUUACAUGAAACAUACAUGGCUGAAUAAAUCUGACUGUAACACCUC